UCAUCAAUGUGCGCCUGAGCAGAGGAAUGGAGGAGCCGACUGAGUAGUGGCCGCGGUCGCCGCCUUCUUACGUCAUCAUCGUGCGCCUGAGUGUGUUUCUUCCUGCGGGGCAGCAGCAGCAGCAGCAGAGUAUCAAGGAAGGAAGGAGUCAUGAGCCGCCUGGGUCUCCUCUUUCGGGCGGCGAGGUCUGCGCUGCCCUCCGGGGCCAGGCAUCUCCGCACCGGCUGCCCUCGGCCCGCCUUCGCCAAGGAGCUCUUCCUGGGGAGCUUCCCAAAGGAGGAGGUUUUUCCAUAUCCUGAAAUUAGCAAUGAAGAAUUGGAAGAAAUCAAUCAGUUUGUGGGGCCAGUGGAAAAAUUCUUCAGAGAAGAAGUGGAUUCUAAGAAAAUUGACCAUGAUGCUAAAAUUCCACAAGAAACUCUUGAUGGACUGAAGAACCUGGGGCUCUUCGGCAUGCAGAUUCCAGAGGAGUAUGGUGGCCUUGGUCUUUCAAAUACAAUGUAUGCACGUUUAGGAGAAAUCACUUCUCUGGAUGGGGCUAUUGCAGUAACUUUGGCAGCUCACCAAGCUAUAGGGCUAAAGGGGAUCCUUAUUGCAGGCACUAAGGAACAAAAGAAAAAGUAUCUACCCAAACUGGCUUCGGGGGAGUACAUUGCAGCAUUUUGUCUCACUGAACCAGGAAGUGGAAGUGAUGCUGCUUCCAUCCAGAGCAGGGCUACUUUGAGUGAAGAUGGGAAAAAUUUCAUAUUAAAUGGCUCAAAGAUAUGGAUCUCAAAUGGUGGUAUUGCAGAUAUCUUUACUGUGUUUGCAAAAACAGAGGUUGUUGACAAAGAUGGUGCAGUAAAAGAUAAAAUCACUGCUUUCAUUGUGGAAAGAGCUUUUGGUGGAGUAACUCACGGAAAACCAGAGGACAAGCUGGGCAUUCGAGGAUCUAAUACUUGUGAACUUCACUUUGAAAAUACAAAAAUUCCUAUGGAGAAUGUUAUUGGAGAAGUUGGAGGAGGAUUUAAGGUUGCUAUGAAUAUCCUAAACAGUGGAAGAUUUAGCAUGGGCAGUGCGUCUGCUGGAAUGAUUAAAAAAUUGAUUGAAAUGACAGCAGAGUAUGCUUGUACAAGGAAACAGUUUAAUAAGAAGCUGAGUGAAUUUGGAUUAAUUCAGGAAAAGUUUGCCCUUAUGGCUCGGAAAGCAUAUGUGAUGGAAAGCAUGGCCUACCUCACUGCAGGAAUGAUGGACAAACCAGGGGUCCCUGACUGCUCAGUUGAAGCUGCCAUGGUUAAAGUGUUUAGUUCUGAAGGUGCUUGGACUUGUGUAAGUGAAGCUUUACAAAUUCUUGGAGGCCUUGGCUACAUGAAAGACUAUCCAUAUGAACGGUAUCUCCGGGAUAGCAGAAUACUUCUGAUUUUUGAGGGAACAAAUGAAAUUCUGCGAAUGUAUAUUGCUUUGACAGGCAUGCAGUAUGCAGGCAAAAUCUUAACUGAAAAAAUAAAGGAAAUUAAGAAGGGGAAUGUGAGUGUGGCAUUGAACAUAUUUGUGAACAAGUUCCGUGACAGCAUAGGUAGAAAAGUAGAUCUAGGAUUAGUUGGAAAAGAUGGAGUGGUGCAUCCCAGUCUCGAAGAAAGUGCCAAGAAACUUGAGCAAAAUGUUUAUUAUUUUGGCGUUACUGUUGAAGGCUUGCUGAGAAGGUUUGGCAAGACUAUUGUAGAUGAGCAGAUGGUUCUUAAAAGAGUGGCAGACAUCCUCAUUAAUCUGUAUGCAAUGACAGCAGUCAUAUCCAGAGCUAGUCGAUCUAUCAGCAUUGGUUUGCGUAACCAUGAUCAUGAGGUACUGCUUACAAAUAUUUUUUGUACUGAAGCUGGUUUCCAGAAUAAUUAUGCAAUGGCAGAACUGGAAAAAUUUGCUCCUGAGAACAUGGAUGACAGUAUUAAAAAAGUGGCAAAGCAAGUGCUGGAAAAAAGAUCCUAUAUUUGUUCCCAUCCACUCGAUAGAACAUUCUGAAGUUUGAGAAAUGGUGAUUCAAGUGCUUCUUCUUAAAUAUACUGAAACCAGGUUUCCUACAGUGCAAGUGAAUGUAUGCAAAUUAAAUCCUUAAUUUUAAUUGUGACUGAGACAGACUGAAUGAGAGACAACAGUCUUCAUUAAGAUGAGGUGCAAUUUUAAUAAAAUAAACUAUAUUAAAUUCUGUGUGCUUGAAUAGAUGAGACAAAUACCCUGACAAUCCAUACAGUGCCUACUGCAGUGGUAGGUAUCAGAUGGCCCUCCAGAAGUUGGAGGACAGCAAUCCCCAUCAGCCCUAGUCAGCAUAGCAAGUGGUGAGAAAUUCAGGGGAUUGUAGUCUCAACAACCUUCAGAGGGCCACAUAAAUCCAGCCCCUGGCCUGUUUUGUAUAGCUGAGAAUGACAGGUACAAGAACUUAGGAGAGAAUAAUUGAAAACUGAGUAUGCUCAACCUGGAGGAAAGGCUAGUAAGGGGAAGGGUAAUAACGGUCUCAAGGGGAGAGCUUGGUUUUUGUUUUUAUUGUUGUCCCAGAAGCUAGAAGGUAGAAACCCAUCAAGGCUUAGAGAGGAGAAAGAGAAAGAUUUUUACAUCAUCUUCUACUGACUACAGCACAACCAACACUAAUUCAUCACACAGUUUACCUUGCACAUCUUGUGUUAAGAUUUCAUUAUCCUUUAAAACUGAUUGUAGUGGGGACUGCCUCUUAUACCGAAAUGAAUGUUUAUGACAGAUUGUUCUGAAAAACAGAAUAGAUUCUUAAACUGCAAACACUUUAAAUAUACAUGUUCAUUAAUUAAGUUCUUAUUUAAACUUUCAUAGUACAAAACAUAUGUGCUGUGUACUGUACAGGGCAGGAGGAAAGAUUAGCUUUCUGCAGAAAGAAAUGCAGAGCUCACUUUCAAAAUCUCAAAGUUAUCUGAAGCAAAGAUGUAUAUUUAAUUUUACAGAGGUUUUGGAAUUACAGAUUUGUCUAUAUGGUAAAAGUCUUGGAUUUUUUACCCUACUGAAAGGGGUGUCAUGAUGCUUUGACUCAGGGACUUUGGAGCAGCCUGCUGCCACCCCUUUCAGUGCUGUAUUGGGGCCAUGGCAAUUGCAUGCCACAACCCUGAUCUGGCAUUUCCAUGGAACAAAAAGGAGCCGCAAAAAGUGGGUCCUUUUUGCGUCACAGAAGGGGUGCCUUUGCCACCGCCACAGCACGUUCUGGCACUUCUUUUGGCGCUGCAUCAGGGCAGCGUUGGAGUAUGGAAUUUUCCUGCAAUUAUGUUUUAAUGAUUAAUUAUUGCCAGUAUUUAAGUCAGAAAGAAGCAUUUGUAACGCUUUACAUACAUCAAUAAACUUUUACAGUUUGUCAUA